AGCAGCAGGAUCUCCAAGGGUCCAGUUUCAGCCUUUGGAGACCCACUCUGAGGGUCUGUCCCCAGAGCCUCAGUUCGUGCAGGACACCGACAUGGAACAGGGACUCACUGGGGCUCCCCAGCGGCCCCUAGGGAACCCGCGAUCGAGAUUAGACCUCCGAGCUGCCUAGACGGGCCCCGGAAGUGCGCGCCGAGGAGCAGGCGUUUCUAGUCCCCCUGGAGGCCGAGGUCGCCGACGCCGCCGGAACGAGCGGCCGGCUGAGCGAUGACUGCCCGUUCCUUGGGUCGGGUUCUGAAGACCUUUUAGAGAAGAUCCUGGCCUUGGAGCGGCACCGGGGACUGGACCCGGCCCAUGGAGAAGCUGCCUGAGCAGACGUCCCCGGAGUCCCCGUGUCCGUCCCUCGAGCAGGAGCCUCGAAAGAGCAAGGAUGAGAAAACUGAUACCCAGGAAGGAGAAGUAACUCACCCAAGGUCAUCCUGCUGGUGAUGGCAGAGCUGGAAUCCGAAUUCAGAUCCGCGGACUUAAGGUUGCUCCAGCCCCCACUCUGUUCCGGGACUGCGGACCACCCCGGAGGCCAGGUUCCCCCAGCCGAGGGCCAGUUACCAAGAGCCUGCGAGUUCCUGUCUUUUUUCAUCCCUGAUUCUCCCCAGUGGCCUAAGCUGGGCAUGGGGCGCCCAGUGAUGCUGACAUUAGAGGACAAAGACAUGAAGGGGUUCACCUGGGCCAUAGCCCCUGCCUUGACCUCCCUGGGCUACCUGCUUAUACUGCUGGUCUCCAUCUUCCCCUUCUGGGUUCGUCUGGUGAACGAGGAGUCCCAGGAAGUGUUUUUCAGUGGCCUCUUUGAGAACUGCUUCCAUAUCAAGUGCUGGAAGCCACGACCCUUACCCGUUUACAUCAUCGUGGGCCGUGUUUUCCUGCUGUCCGCCGUCAUCUUGUCUUUCCUCACCACUGUCGUCAUGGUGUCCUUUGCAUCUCGGCUCUUUCCGAGGACCCGGAAGCACAAUCUCGUGUCAGCCUUCAUCAGCUUCCUCACAGGGGCCUGUGCCUUCCUGGCCUUGUUGCUGCAUGCCCUGGAGAUCCGGAGUCUGCGGAUGAAGCCCAGCCCCCCGCAGUUCUUUGUGCAGUGGCCUUACUACGUCCUGGGCUUUAGCAUCCUUCUGUUCCUAGUGGCUGGUGCCAUCUGCCUCGUUCAAGAAACAGCCUGCCUUAGCUGUCAUUUGUUGCCCAUUUCCCAGAGUACUGAGGAGACCCAAGAGAUCUCGCAUCUGGAAGUGGAGAGUUUGGGAGGAGAGCUGAGCUCCAUACAGAGGGAGAUGCUGCUGAAGGAGGAAACAGUUAUCUAGACCAAGAUAGUCUGUGCCCUGCCCUUUGUCAAGCUGUGUGAGUGCACACGUGUCACUGUGUUUGGCUCCCCCACCUCCACCAGUCUCUGCUACUUUUGAUGAGGCUCUUGAGUGUCAAAUCAACCCUCCACUUCCCCUACUCAAAGUGAUUCUAUCUUGCGUGUGUUUGAAAUUUGUUAAAAGUUUUCUGAAUUCUUCUGAGCUUUCUGAGUGAUUUUUUUGGACAAGUGUUUUCAAUAAAACGAUGACUACUG